GAAUCGACUUUAAGAUCAGAACAAUAGAAUUAGAUGGAAAGAAAAUCAAGCUACAAAUAUGGGAUACAGCAGGCCAGGAGAGAUUCCGCACAAUCACGACCGCUUACUACAGAGGAGCCAUGGGAAUUAUGCUGGUGUAUGACAUCACAAAUGAAAAGUCCUUUGACAACAUAAAAAACUGGAUAAGAAACAUAGAGGAGCAUGCCUCUUCAGAUGUAGAAAGAAUGAUCCUGGGUAACAAAUGCGAUAUGAAUGAAAAAAGACAAGUCUCAAAAGAAAAAGGGGAGAAGCUAGCAAUUGAUUAUGGAAUCAAAUUUUUGGAGACAAGUGCAAAAUCCAGCAUCAAUGUGGAAGAGGCAUUUUUCACACUUGCACGGGACAUUAUGACAAAGCUCAACAGAAAAAUGAAUGACAACAGUUCAUCAGGGGCAGGUGGGCCAGUAAAAAUAACAGAAAAUCGAUCUAAGAAGAGCAGCUUCUUUCGAUGCACGCUACUUUGAUGAACUUCUAAUGAUAGACUGCAGCACACUUAGAACCUUUUCUGCUUCUUUGAAAGCACAGGGUCACAAAGCCUCAGAAAUAAUACCACCAAGCUGCUGCUGAGAGCUCCAUUGAACGUAGACUGCGAUACACAAAAUACCAAGUGGAUUUUGCUCACUAAGCCUAUUGACCUGUCAGGCUCUUCUUUCUCAGAUAUGGAAGCUAUGAAGUGGAGACACAAAUGCAAGAGUUAACUUGUUUUCCUUUUUUACUUGCUGUUUUAUUGCCUGUUGCAAAAGCUGCUAUGUUUCUUUUAACUUUGCACAUCCAUAUUGGCCUCUUACUGCCUGUUACAGCACAAUCUUACAUUUGUAUUUGCACAGUUUGACUUGUAAGUAAGAUUCUUAACAGAUUUGUGCAGGUUUUUCUUUUUCUUUUUAAACAAAUUUAUUUUCAAGCAGAAGAGCCAGGGAAAAAUUAAGUCUCACUUCCAUUAUUUCCUAUGCUGUGUACUGGUGGCCAGGACUACAGUAUGGAUGUUGACAUUCUAGAGAUGAGAAUUACUGUAACAAUUGGCAUGUAAAAAUUUGUAUGGGUUUUGUCUCUUAGAUGCACAAAUCUGUUCAUGCAGAAGCUAUGGCUUCUCUUCUGAAUGUAGUAUGUUGCUUUUCUUUCUUUACCAGAUUUAGCAAAGUUGUGUUCUGAGUUGCCAGUCACUGAUUCACAGAUGCACCUCUCGGUUAUUUGAAUAAACACCGUGUCUUUCCUCA